CAUGUAUGUUUAAUUGAUUGCAUGGUUCUAUCUAGCGCCGUGGUGUCCCGGCUUGACGUCGUUAAGUACAAUGAUGGGAACAAUUCCAAGACCGCUUUUUGCGCUCUUCACAUGCAGCCUAAUGGUCAGCGGAACGAUCAUCGACGACAUCGAAGAAGUAUUGAACAAAUUGAAAGGAAAUAUUACUGAAAACUUUCCCCGCACCAAAGUACUGCCUACAUCUCUUGGUGACCUAUUGCGCAAAUUCGGUGUCAAGGCUAAUGUUUCACAAGGUUGCCCCUUCGAAGCUGACUUGUGCAUUGUGGAGUGCUACCUGAAUAACAACAACAGUAAGCCUCUGCGAGGAUACUGCGGUGGAUUCCUCUGGACCAAGUGUGUUUGUGAUGGAGAGUAUAGAAAAUAAAUAUCAAAAGCU